UAUAUAACAUUAUAAUAAUAAUCGCCGAUAUGGCUAAAUCUCGUUUAACGAGGUCGCGGAUACGUGACGAUGCGAGAGUAAAAAUAUUCCGCCAAUUUCGAAAACGAAAACAACGCUCCAGACAUGACUCAAAUUCAAUAUGGACUAUUUAGAUGGCCCACGGACGCAAACACCGUGUCGGUGCAUCAUUUAAAGCACAUUAGAAGUCCGAUUAAGCUGUGGUCGGACUACAAACCUGGAGAGAAGGGUCGAGCAGUGUAUCCCGGCAAAAAAGGUCCAGAUGGAGACGGAACGUGGGCUUUUGAAAUAUUGUCAGUGAAUUCUAGCAAAAAAGUACUUGAAAAGGAGCUUAGUGAUUAUGUAAGAAAGAAAACAAAGGAAAUCCCACAUCCUAUCAAUUCCAAUGAAGACGCCACAAAUGAGAGUGAGAGCAAUUGUUCAAUGUUUGUUGAAACAGAUGAAGAUGUCCAGCCACCAGCACCUAAAAAGCUCCUUUUACAAUCCAGACAGGCUGCAAAUACAGCCAUCUUGAAAUCAAGAGGCACAACCAAUGUGGUCUCAGAUAUAAGCACAACCAAUGUGGUCUCAGAUAUAAGCACAACCAAUGUGGUCACAGAUAUAAGCACAACCAAUGUGGUCUCAGAUAUAAGCACAACCAAUGUGGUCUCAGAUAUAAGCACUGGAAGUGUAGAAACACCUACAUGUUCAACUGGAACUGAAGAGUUGGUUGUCUCAAACAAUGCAGGAAAUGGAAACUUCUCAACAACACAGGAUCACAUGCAGAAUUGGAAUUAUCCUGGGACCAGUCAUGCAGCAGCCUUCAGUCCAUGGAUUAGAUCCCAGACACCUCACAGGCCAUCGCCACAAUAUGGCAGCUUCAGUGACAUGCUUUCCACAGCAAGAUCAUCACUAUAUGGAGGGGAUCAAGAGUAUUUUGAAUACCGCCAGGCCCCUACCCAGUACCCCACACAGUGCUCUUGUCAUGAGGAGGUUCAGACCUUAAAAGGGACUGUAAACCAAUUGACAGCAGAAGUUAAAGCCCUAAAGAAGGCAUACAAGUCCCUUAAAGAUGGUGCAAAUUGUUCUGUUUCUGCGGAAGCUGCUUCAAUUAUGCAGAAAGAAGAGGAAAUCUUUCCAACAGGAAAGUCCAAGGCUGAAGUUGAGCGUAGAUCAGAGACUUGCCAGUCCCUUACUGUUGCUGUGAAGGAGAUGAUGCCACUUGUCUUUACAAUUGAGGAACUGACCACUUGCACACUAAAAGGUCAAAAAAGUGGCAAGUCCUCUGGAUACCAGAGGCCUCCCUUUGAAUCAGCCAGGAAAGAUUAUUUAAUAGUGUUACUUAUGAAGAAGUUCGACGCGAGCGAGCAAGCGGUACAAAUGAAGAUGAGGAAUCGGCUGAAGAUCCUCAGAAAUCAAUAUGCUAAUAUUGCUGUACAGAACAGUGAGAAUACACCAUAGUUUUCACAACACCUGUCAGAUGGGCCCCAAUAGAAUGGAAUUUUGGAUAACGAAAAUUAAUGAUAUGUUGUUUUUUAAAGACUUUAUUGUUCCAGAUACCUUUUUGUGUUCUUAUUAUUUUCUCAGGUCAAUUUGAAAUGAGAUUACAACCUUGUUAUAUGUUUCAUUGUGCCAAAUAAUUGAUUGUGAUUACUCACUAGUAUUUUUUUAAGACUUGAUUUUUUGUGUUAUUAUUUUCACAGGUCAAUUUGAAAUGAGAUUACAACCCAGUUAUAUGUUUCAUUGUGCCAAAUAAUUGAUUGUGAUUACUCACUAGUAUUUUUUUUAAGACUUGAUUUUUUGUGAUAUUAUUUUCUCAGGUCAAUUUGAAAUGAGAUUACAACCCAGUUAUAUGUUUCUUUGUGCCAAAAAAGUGAAUUGUGUUAACUCACAAGUGAUAUUUGUUAAGACUUGAUUGUUGCGGAUACCUUUUUGUGGUCUUCUUUUUUCUCAGGUCAAUUUGAAAUGAGAUUACAACUUAGUUAUAUGUUUCAUUGUGCCAAAUAAUUGAUUGUGUUUACUCACUAGUAUUUUUUAUUGUUUUUAUUUUCUGUCUGAAAAUGUCAAUUAUCAGUGUUAUGUUUUUGAUUAACAUAUUUUUGCCAAAUACCGAUUAUUGUGAUAUUUGUUAUUUUCUAUAAAGGUACUGUUGAAUGUUUUGAGAGUACAUUCUGUUACAUUUCAACUAUUGAAGUGUGUCUUCAUUUUCUUUAAAAAAAAAAUCAAAGACCCAUUUACCAUCAUGAAGACUGGAAGAGUUUAGUCAACCUUGUCAAGGAUUAUGCCAGUCAAGGAUUAUGCCAAUCAUUUUUCAAUUCUCGCACACACUCUAUCAGGAGUGUACAGGCAAAGUUUUUAUUUUCCAAGUUUGUCAGAAGUAAAAUGACCCUUUUUCUCAGUUAUAUAAUUUAAUAAUUAUCAAGAACACUUGAUAUUGAUUUGUUUGUAUUAUACUGUCUUAAGUCGUAUUCUAUUAAUAUGUUUUAUGUUCUGCCACUGUAUGGUCUUUCAGAGAAGAUUAAAUACAAGAUCAACUUUUUUAAUGAUUACAUGUACUUAACAGUUUAUUAAAUGUUUUGCUGUGAUUUUCAACCAUAUUGUAACAUUAUAAUCAUCUUUGAAUUAUUUUAGGCUCAACUAUUCAAAUAAAGUGCAGGAAUUUGAUUUGGUUAAUACUAAUUUAUUUGAGCUCAAUUGUGAAUUUCAUUUCACUAAGCAGCAUUUCCAGCCUCUAUUAGCUCAAGGGUUUUUCUUUGAAAUAUAUAGUCAAAAUGACCAUGUCAACUUCACCACUUGAUUUACAUAACAGUUACAAAGAGCAUUGUGAAUAGUUGAGCCUGCUAUACUUACCUCAUGUUGUAUUAUAAGUUUUGGACAUUUUUAAAAUACUGUUGGCAUAUACAUUUAUUGAGUUCAUGCAUGGCAAAAGUAACAAAUAUAUUCUGCAUCUGUAAAAUUGACAUUUCAUUGUUUUUUAUGACAGAUAUUCGGAACAAACAAACUGGAUUUUAUUUAACAUAUUUCCCAAGUAUUCCAUUGUUUUCAUAAUCAGAAAUGUAUGGAUUUGUUUGGUUUGAAUGAAUUAUGAAUUAAUUAUACUGCUAUUGGUCCACUUUGGAUUACUUAGGUAUUCCAGUGUAUUCUCACUUGCAAAAGUAUGGAUUUCUUAGGAUAUAAUGAAGUUUCAAGUUUGGACUACUAUGGAAUUCUUGGGAAAUUUGAUGCCAAUACCGCCAUUGUUUUCCAAAUUAUUCUAACUGAGAAUUCCUAGGAUUUCCAUUGUUUUCUCACUUGAAAAGCUAUGGAUUUGUUAGGAACUGGAUGAAGUUUCAGGUUUGGAUUACUUUGGAAUUCUUGGGAAAAUUUGGUGCCAAUACCGCCAUUGUUUUCCAAAGUUUUCCAACAAAGAAUUCCUAGGAUUUCUUAGAAAUUCUAAGGAAAUCUUAAGGCUUUAUUACAUAGAAAACAUUAGAAAACUUAACAAUUCUAAGGAAAUCCAACUAAAAUUCUG